AUGACCCACACAUUGUACACGCGCAUACUUCGUGCACGUACAUCACUUCAUCUCCCCACCAACGCGUCCCUCUCGCGCUCGAGCCCACACGCGCUGCUCCCUUCCGCUGCUGCGCCGCCCACAAACAUCUACCCUUCUCGUCGCAUCUCCUUCCUUCCACCGCACCACCACCUCCGCAACGCCAUUCAAUUCCUUCGAUCCACCCUCACGCGAUACGACAUGGGAAAAGCCAAAAGCGGUGGAGGAUACUACGCCGUGCAAAAGGGGAGACAGAAGGGCGUGUUUCGCAGUUGGUCCGAGUGCGAAGCUGUCACCAAGGGAUUUGCGGGAGCGGUGUUCAAGAAGUUCGACAGCGAAGGUGCGGCAAAGCAGUUUGUGGAUGGGGAUGGAUAUGGUGCGUCCGCAAUCAGUUCCACUAGCGAGAGUACGGCCAGCGGUAGCAAAGCGUCGUCCGCGAGUGCACGGUCGUUUCAUCCUUACGCACCAUCCAAGCACAAGAAACUCUCUCACGAUCACACAAAACCACCGCUUCCACCAUCUUCAUCACGCCGAUCAAAUCCAGUCUUCGCAUCAUCAUCAUCAUCAUCCUCCACCACCACCGAUGCCCGUAAAACCAUCGUCUACUGCGACGGCUCCUCCAUCGGCAACGGCACCGCCUCCGCGCGCGCCGGCUGGGGCGUGUUCUUCGAAGAGCCUUCCCUCCACCACCUCAACGAAUCCCGUCGCCUACCCGGUAAUCCUCAGACGAACAACCGUGCCGAACUUAUGGCUCUCAUCCGAGCAAUCCAGUUGUGCCCUGACGACGGACGACAGCUCGUCGUCCUCAGCGACAGCAGGUACAGCAUGGAUGCCGUCAACAAGUGGUUACCGAACUGGAGGAAGAGAGGGUUCAAGACGGUAGAGGGAAAAGAUGUGCAGAACAGAGACCUGAUCGAACAGCUGGACAGGGAGCUGCAGAAGAAGGUGCCGGAGCCCAAGUUGGAGUAUGUCAAGGGUCAUGCGGGCAUCGAUGGGAAUGAGAUUGUGGAUCGGAUGGCCAAGUACGGGGCAAGUUUGGAGGUUGUUGAGGAGGCGGUGGGGGAGAAGAGUGAGCAAAAGGACAGGAAAGGGCAGAAAGAGGAGGGCAGCGCGCAAGGAGAGGAUGGAAAGAGUAUGAUGGGGUUCACAAUCAACGUUUCGGUCAGCCCGACAAAGGAGCAAGCUUCUAUGGGGUGGCGGUAG